CCUAACGGCCCUCAUUCACAGAAGUUUGUCUAGCAUCAUUAUGAGUUGAAUUUGGUUUGAUCCUGCAAUCUGCAGAUACACAUAAUGGAUAAUGAUGCCGUGAUGGAAGGUAGCAGCUCCUCCGUACAGGUAGCGCCGCGGCUACCUAGUACCGAGAGUGAAUAUACUUCCUCUUUGAUGCCCAAUGGCCUCCCGCCUGCCCGCGAGUUUCGAGAUAUCCAAGUCAAGGUGCAUAUUCGUCGGCCUGAAAAGGACUCCUGGGCAUAUCUUGGUCGUGCUUUAGUGUCACAGGAAGUCGUAGGCCAGUCCUCUCGUGUCGUUGUACGCUCGUUGACAUCUAGCAAGGUGCUGGUCGCAUUCGGAGAGGUAUCCGAGCUCCAGGCCGAAAAACGUGGCAACUUCGUCGUCGUUGGCUGCGUGGAGGGUUCUCGGGUUAUCUCGUGGUCUUUGAACGCCGUGAACAAUACCGAAACGCUUCGCCUGCUUGCAAGCAUUGAACUUGCAUGCUAUCGUUGCAGGCUCGCCGUGGUUGAUCCACGAACCCAUACCAAGUCUCGUCGGCGCAUUGAGCGUGUCAUUAAAGAAGAUAGGCGCAGGAGACAUAGGCGUCGUAAGGACCAGGAUGCAAUGAUUGACGCAUUCCAACAACACCAUCUCGUCGAUGAUGUACCAGAAUCAUGAACACAGUGCACUUCUUGACAAUGGAUUAGACAGAGUAACGGCGUGUUAACGACCAUACACUGCGCAACCUUGAAGGUGCGCAGUAACAUGCACAUUGUACUCUAAACACUACCCCCUGACAACUUCUUAUUCUGGUGGCCUGACUUUGAGCAUGUACUAUUUAGACAAAACUGAUGUGUUUGUUUACCGCAUAUGUUGGCGACUUGACAUUAAUAUUCAUCCCAUCAAACACCUCUCUUAAUUAAGAUAUGCACAAUAUGUUGGUCUGUCCUCACUGAUGUUUCCAGCACAAGUUGCGUACAGGUAUCAAAUCUUCCUCUCGUAUUGCAUGGCCUUC